AUGUCUACUCACGGAGACAAUGAAAUGACCCCUACUUCGUCUUCCUCAUCAGUAAAUAGUAACAUAAACAUACAUAAUGGAAGAGUGAAAAGAAAAUCACUCUCUACGAUUGAAUCAAGUGUGACUCGACUCCUAGUUUCAACUAAGCAUUUACUCGAGAGCUUGACUCAAUGGGCAAGACAGGAGGCUGAUGACAAGUUUGUUAGUGAUGCUUAUGUCAAGUUGGGAAAUGACUUCCGAGCUGCGACAAAGGCAUUCAACAACACCGGGAUCGAUGUUUCUGAUCUUGGUAAUGUGCCACAAGAAUUAAGAGUUAUAUUGGAAGCAGCCUUGGGCGAACCUCCGUCUCAAGAGAGUUUGGAUAGAUUUUUGCCGGAUAUUAGAAAUAUCAUUGUUACCUUACUCCAGAAUCUCAAACUAAAGCAGAACAGGGCAAAAGCUAUUUCUAAUGAAAAGAUGAUGAGAGGGUCGAUGGAAAGCUCCUCGUCAGCUGCCGAGUCCAACUCAAUCAAAAAUGUUGCUGCACCUCGCGAUCAUUCAGCAGAACAAGCUUCAUCGGACACUAGCGCAGAAGGACGAGCGGCAAUGAGAAAAAAUAGGUACUUGUCUCCAUCAGGUGCUGGUGAUCAAGCCGAUGCAUUGACACGGCUACAAAACAAGGAUGCUUUGCAACGGCGUGCAAGUAAACGUUAUAGUGCUUAUCAGUAUGCAAAGCUCACCAAUAUAUCCAAUCCAAGUAACUACAAACCUUAUGCAGAACUCGUUCCACCACCACCGCCUACUCCGCCCCAACCACAUUCAGAACCACAACCACAACCACAUUCAGAACCACAACCACAACCACAUUCAGAACCACAACCACAACCACAUUCAGAAUCACAAUCACAAUUACAAACACAAACACCUCCCCAGUAUUCGACUUUUGAUUUGAACCCAAAUUUGAGCUCUAAAUCAAAUAAUAUUGAGACAGGUUCUGCAUCUAUAUCUAGGAAUGUUCCAUCAACAAUACCGAUUCAUGAACAUGCUGCCUCUGAAGGUGAAAUAAAUGUCUUUUUACAGAUACAUUCAACAACCAAAAAAUGCCAAUUGACUGUACCCCCAACUUUGGCUUCUAUAAGACUUCAGUUUGUGGAGAAGUUUGCUUAUUCGCCAGGCUCAGAUAAUUUUCCCGAAAUUUACAUCCAGGAUCCUGCAAGCAAAGUAUUCUACGAGCUUGAAGAACACUUACUAUCCGACGUUCGUGUUGGAUCUCUUUUAAGUCUAAAAGAAGACGAAGGAAAACUGAAAAAAGAAGAGGAAAGAGAAGAGGCGAUGGAAAAAGAAAACAGUAAGCAAGCAAAUGCAUUGAGUGAACUCAACGCCAAAUUUGAAAGCUUGUCUCAAAAAUUAGGGGAUAUCAGUAAUGACUUGGUUACCAAGAUUGAAAAUAUAAAGUUAUCAACAGAUACUCCUAUUUCUACUAAUUCUGUUGCGGCUUCCAAUACGGCAUCUUUGUCUCCACCUUCAUCUGCCCGCACUAUAGGCGGUGCUUCGGACUCAGUUCAUGGCGAGAAAGGGUCUAGUAGCUCAAACACAACGUCCAUUUUGAAGAAGGAGCUUUUCAAGGUCGACAAUGAACUAAGAUCAAUAAAACAUUUAAACCGUUUAUCACAUGAGUCGUAUACCAAUACUUUAGCCUCGGUCCUUGGUAAGAUGAAAUUGUUGCAAGAAGCUAAUCUUGAGUCCUCGCAAAGCUCAAACAGGCUAUACAUGGAAUCUUGUCAGUCCAAGUUAUCUGAUGAGUCAGACAAGCUCUUAACCAAAGUUGAUGAUUUGCAAGAUUUGAUGGAAGAAGUACGCAAAGAUGUUGCUCAAAGAGGUGUAAGGGUUGGCGAAAAGCAGCUUAAGUACAUUGUUAAGGAAAUACAGGAUGCCAACAAAACCUUGCAACAGAUGAGCACCUACAUCACUAGCGAAAAGUCGACAUGGAAAAAAAUCUGGGAAUCUGAGUUGGACAAGGUUUGUGAGGAGCAGCAAUUUUUCAAUUUGCAGGAAGAUUUGACAAGGGAUUUGCAAGAUGAUUUGAAAAAGAUUCAGGAAACUUUUGAUUUAGUAGAGCAGUGUUCAAUCGAGCAAAGUAGAAGCGUAUCGUCCAAGAGGAAUAAAGUGGUGGCGAAUAUACCCAUCCCCGAACCUGGCGAAAGUCUACAUAACAUUAAGGACCAGGUUCUAGUUGAUAUUAUACAACUCAAGCCUGAUCAUGAGAGUAGGGUGGAAGCGAUUGAGCGGGCGGAGAAGUUGCGCCAAAGGGAACGAGAAUUGGCAAGAAACGAUAAGUUCCAAGAAGAGUUGGGUGAUUUUGUCGAGGAUGGCAAGUUGAAAAAGUCUGGAGGAAUUGAGGAGAUUGAAAAUAUGCGAAAGCAACGAGACCAGGAAAACUUGAAGAGCUCUUUCGGAAUCAUUUAA